AAAUCAGUUUGAUGUAGUAUCAUUUCAAACUUUGUCAGAUUAUAAUCGACAAAUUUUAAAAGGGUACGUUUGAAUAAUGUACAAAACUAGAUUUGUAAGUACAAAAAUGAAGCGAUCCAAUAAAAAACCUUCCUGGUAAAUGAUAUAAAUAGGCUACAGGCUACAACUUGAUGUCUUAACACGUCCGCGACGGCUGCUGAAAACUUCAUAACCUUUAUAACCCAAAUCUUAAUGUGCUUUUACCUUUUAAAAUAUCGACCCAAGAGAGGUAAUAACAACCUUUAAACUUGAUUGUGAUUUUUGUGUUCAGAUUGUAAGAUUAAAAUUAAAUAAUAUCGUAGAUGAUGUCGCUCCAUACCUCUCAGUCAUUUUUAAAAAAGGUUUUCAGGUGUCUUCCUUUAUAUAAAGUAAAAAGAUAUACCUAUAAUACAAAGAUAUACCUACGUGUGCCUUAUGUACCCUUGUUUAAAACUGGUAUCAGAAGUUAAGUUUAGACCCAUUGCAAUUCUACUUGCGUCCAGCAAGUUCUUUGCGAUAAGAUGAUCUUACAGCUGGCGUUAAAUAUUUUAAAUUUCAAAAUUUUAGAUUUUCCAAACAGUUCCGUAUGCAGACGGCCUUACUCAGGUAUGUUUAGUGCCUGGGAGAAUGUACUGAAUCCCAUAGACAUCAUUUUUAACCUUUCUAAGACCUUUCGCGACAUACUUCUUUCAUAACUUCAUUUUUAUACCUUACAAUUAAAUGUUAUGAAUGAAUGUAUAUAAAUCUAUGCAAGUAUAUUCUUGGUUUCAAUUUGUGAGAUUUCGAAGAGAGAUCAAUUAUAGCCUGGUUCAUACAAAUUAUCUCUCCCAAAACUACAGACAGAUGAAACUGUCUUUGUACUGCAAAAACGAGUUAUUCUAGGAGUUGGGUCUAUGUAUCAGGUGGGUUCUAAGAUUAUAUUCUGACUGUCGAAUCAGAAUUAAGUUAGCCAACGUAAUGAUAUAUGUGGUACAAUAUUUAUUCGUACAAAAAGUGAUGUACAGAUACACGAAAUAGGAAUACAUUAUUCACUUCUGCUUAGAGCACGGAACUCGUGUGUAGGCCUUGGUGUUCUCUUAUACAUAAAGAAUCCCUGAGAUAUUAUACUAGACCUGACCAAAAUUUCGUUUAAACCUGCAGUUACAGCUAAUCUCUGAAAAACUAUUUGAAUAAUAAAAAUUGUUGGUCACCGUAAAAGGCAUAAGACAUUAAGACAGUUCUCUGUGGAGUUCCUUCAAUGUAAAUUAAUAUUUGACGUAUAGAUUGUUUGUUUCAGUUUUAUUAUUCAGAAUUUGACAAUUUGUUUCAUUAUCAGAUAAUGAUUUGUAGUGACAUUUUGGUAUGUUAUUUUUUUGUAUAGUUUUACUUUACUUUUAAUACGUAUAACAUGACCGAUGUUUCUUCAUGUAUAAUAAUAAUUUAUGAUAAUAUUAAAUAGAAUUGUUAAAUUACGGAACGGAGCGGUGAGCCAGUUUUUAAGGUAAUAUUUUUGUCUUUCAAAACCUAGCAACAGAUGUGUCAUGCUGCCUUAAUUUUCACGGUCUACGGUGCUGUCUUGGGUCUGAUCACCUCCUUCCCUCUAAUAUGGCUAGGGGGGUAUCCUUGCGGCAUAGUCGUGCCCCGUUCACGAGUAUGUCACUUGGCGACUGGCCGUACUGCUGACCUUGGUCUAUUAGAUAACCCUCUUAACUUUAAAACAGCUGCAAUGCCUGUUAAAGGUACAGCAACAUCCUUGAAUAAGUACCUGUUUAUAUUAUUAUUUGCCAAUAUACAUUGUUUACCUACUUAGUUUCAUUAUUGGCGCGGUCCUUCGAUAACCUAAUAUUACUAUUUGUUUUGUAAACUGAGAGGCAGCGUGCUGUGCUGUGGAGUUUUUUCUCCACAGCUAGUACAGCUACUGCACUUAGGAAGCCUUAAAGGGUGGACGAUACGGCGUGCUGCGUAUCUAAUAGAUGCUUUUGUUGUCGUUCUGCUUUCAAAAUGUGCUACUUAGUAUGUUUUUUUUAGAGUUAAAUUUUGGUUACUCAUCAUUAAUGUUAGAUUAGACCAAAUUUAGAUUUUUGCAUAGGCCUUGUAAAUUUAGGCUAUUCUAGAUUUUUACUAUUUAACAAAUUACUUAGACAGGCGAGAAUUACGUCAAGAAGUCCUUGUCCUUGAGAAAGGAUUUUAUGAACAGAAACUUUUAUGAAAGUGGUAGCAUUCAUGGUUCUCUAUGACUUAGUGGUAUCCUUUUCUAAAACUCUAUUGUUUAUUCCAUGUCAUCGGCAUCGAUGGAUGCUUUAACAAGUUACAUUACAUUUUUGUAAUGGGCCAAAAAUGGGUUGAAAAUGAAAUAAAAAUAAUCGUUACAUGGUGAAAAAGUGAAAUUAUCAACUUAAAUGCAACUUAAAAUGUGAUCAUGGCUACUUCUACAACAUUGUUAGUCAUAACAUUUUGGCUUCGGUGCACAAUAGUGUAUGGAUACGAAUUCAUAUCACAAUAUCCCAUUCUGUCCAAUGAGACAUUUCAUUUCUAUCAUCUCGCCGUGGAUAGAGUGAGCGGGCAAGUUUACGCUGGAUCGUUAAACUGGAUUCACCAGUUGAGCCCCGACUUGAAACCCAUCCAUGUAAUAAGCACAGGUCCGAAACAAGACAACCCAAUGUGUCAUGCUAGUGGCUGCACUUCGUCUGACAUAAAGACUACAUGGAUUGAUAAUGUGAAUAAAAUAUUAGUGAUUGAUCAGGAAUCGGGGAGAGUGAUUGCGUGUGGUUCGGUAGCGCAAGGUUCCUGCUACAAAUAUAAGUUGGGAGACCUCUCCGCGAAGCCCGAUUUCGUUCCUCAGAGUGUGGCAGCAAAUGAUGCUGAUGCAUCGACCUACGCGUUUAUCGGCCCCGAAAGGUAUAAUUCUUGGGACCGACCGAAUGUGCUAUAUGUGGGGACAACAUUUACAAAUAAUGGAGAGUACAGGCACGACGUCCCUGCGAUAUCCAGCCGGGACCUGAUCACUCUUGAAGUCGCACAAUUAACUUUCAACAAACAAAGUUCAAUACAAAUAGAUGUUAAAUACAGAGACAACUUCUUAGUACAGUAUGUGUAUGGUUUCAAUGCUAGUGACUAUGCAUAUUUUUUAAUAAUCCAGAAACAUUCCCACCUUGCUGGCAAUGAGGAAUUGGGAUAUGUGUCACGGCUGGCUCGGACCUGUGUUAAUGAUGACAACUACAACAGUUACACAGAAGUUACUUUAGAGUGUCAUGUGAGAGAGGAAAUGGUUAGUGGUAAGAGUGAAGUGGUCAAUUAUAAUUUAGUUCAAGAUGCUAAGAUUGCUAAGGCAGGUGCAAAUCUGGCUGCACAGCUGGGUGUUGAAACAGGGGACCCUGUACUUGUAGCUGUGUUUAGUCCAUCUAAAAGUAUUUCUAAUGAACCUAUGUCUAAGUCAGCUAUCUGUGUAUUUUCAUUGCAAGAAAUAGAAAUUAAGUUUAAUGAGAAUGUUCACAUGUGUUUUAAUGGUAGUACAAAAGCACGCAACAUGGGCUACAUAUCAGGCAUGAUAUCAGAUGGCAAGUGUCCUAGUGUUGGUUCAACCGGCAACAUACUGAAUUUCUGUGAAGUGGGCCUUAAGAUAAGUGGACUUUAUCCAAUAAAAACAAUGUCUGUCAUAAACUGGAAUGAUACCUUGGUCACAUCAAUCACAAUGUCAGUAACUGGUUUGCAUACUGUAGCAUUUUUAGGCACUAAUGAUGGUAAGCUAAAGAAAGUUCUCAUUGAUGCUGAUAAAGCCUUAGAAUAUUCCAGUGAAGUUAUUUUACCUAGUCAAGCAAUACUCCCUGAUACCACACUGUCACCCUAUCAGAAAACAUUAUAUGUAUUGGGAAGAAAUACAAUAGUGCAAAUACCUACUGAGAGAUGUGCAGAACAUGGCAACUGCUCCGCAUGUCUUGAGUCAAAUGAUCCUCAUUGUGGUUGGUGUUCUCUUGAGAAACGGUGUACUGUCCAAAACAUGUGUCAGAAAGGCACACAAAGUGCACCAAGAUGGUUAUCCCAGUACAUCGGACAGCAAUGCAUUGAUUUUGAACAGAUUUUACCUGACAGAAUAUCAAUGAAUGAAGUUACAACCGUGCAGCUCAUUAUUAGAACUUUACCUGAACUGCCAUUUGGUGCAAAGUAUAAAUGUGUUUUUGGGAAUGCAGAACCUAUAGAUGCUGCUGUCACAUCUAAUGGCCUUGCCUGCCCCACUCCAGAUGUCAAGCACAGGCCUAAAAUAACACCAAACCAAGACCAUGUGUAUGUUUCACUAUCAGUGCACUCAUCUGAAACUAACAAAGAUUUUGUUUCCAGAAAUUUUGCUUUCUAUGACUGCUCCAAGCAUAUAACCUGUCACUCCUGCAUCUUAAGUGAAUGGGCCUGCAAUUGGUGCAUAUAUGAUAACAGAUGCACUCAUGAUACUUCUGUGUGUCAAAGGACAAUAAUUAGUGGAGAAAACAAUCCUACAAAAUUACUUAAUCAUGGUAUUGGUCAUUGUCCCAGGAUAAGACAAUACAAGAAGCCAAUUUUACUACCAAACAAUGUGCCUAAAGAGCUGGAACUUGAAGUGGAAAACCUGCCCCACCUACAACCAGGACACACAGGAUUCCAAUGUAUUGUGAGUAUUGAAUUAGCUAAUAUGAUACUUCCAGCCAGAGUUGAGUCAAACCAUUAUAUUGUGUGUGACAAAACAACUUAUUCAUAUGAAGAAGAUGUAGGAGAAUACAAUGUUAGUGUUAAAAUUGUUUGGAAUCAUAAACAUUAUAUAGACACAAUUAAUAUUACAUUGUACAAAUGUGAAAUUCUUGGAUCUCACAGAGAACAUGCUGAUUGUUCGCUUUGUAUAACUCGCAACUCAAUCUACAAAUGCACAUGGUGUGGCAACUCAUGUUCCUACAGUGAAACCUGCUUAGAAAAUCCAGUAACUGAAUGUCCCAAACCGAGAAUAGAUAUGAUUAAGCCUUUGAGUGGCCCAAUAGAGGGUGGCACUAUAGUCACCAUUGAAGGGAGUAAUCUUGGUCUAAGAGUUGAAGAAGUGUCUGGAAAAGUUCGCAUUGGAGAUGUUUUAUGUGAAAUAGUAGAUUUUGAAGUUUCUGUUAGUAUAACAUGUAGAACAGGACCUUCCAAUGGUUCUACUGUAGCUCCUGUGAUAGUAGAAAAUGAUUCUGGCCAUACGGAAUCCUCUGUUUUGUUCAGUUAUAAAAAUAUUAAGCUCCAAGGUCUCUAUCCAGCAUUAGGCCCUGUUUCAGGUGGAACACAGUUGGCAAUAGGAGGCCAGCAUUUAAACAUCGGUUCUUCUAUUUCUGCUUAUUUGGAUGAGUUGCCAUGCUCUGUUAAUAAAACACAAACCUCAAACAGUAGAUUAAUUUGUAUUACUCCCAAAGCUAACAUGCCUAGGGUGAUUCAUACAUUGACUGUCGCUAUAGAUCUUGCUAAUCGCACUUUAUAUGGGGACUUGUUUAAUUAUACAGCAGAUCCUACAAUAAUGGAAAUAAAACCGCUAAAGAGUUUUGUAUCUGGAGGCAGAAUGAUAACAGUUCAUGGUACCAACUUACACACUAUCCAAAAACCUCUUAUGAAACUGUAUUACGGGAAUGAAGUGCUCCCUGUCAACCAUACAGCUUGUACAGUACUCAAUGAACAUCAAAUGGAAUGCCCUAGUCCUGCUGUAAACAAGAAGUAUUAUGAUAUUUUGCAGGCUACGAAAUCCCAAACAAGUACUCCUCAAAUAGCAAUGAAAGUUGGUUUUGUACUAGAUAAUGUAGAGACUAUGCAUGAAAAGCAUUUUAAUCCUCCUAGAACUCAUAUGGUAUUCGUUGAAGAUCCGCACGUGUAUCAAUUUCCUAAUAAGGGCGUAAAAUCUUAUAAAGGAGAUCCAUUAGUAAUAGAAGGAGAAAACUUAAUCAGGGCAAGUGAUGAGACAGAUGUUGUUGUCAUGAUUGGAACACAACCCUGUAACGUAACCAGCCUUACAAUGCAACAACUACUAUGCACACCGCCUGAAAUGCAACCUGCUAACACUGAUGAAAACGGUUUACAGAUAUUAGAAAUCAAUUUGCCUUUAGUGGUAGUAAAAGUGGGCAAAAAUUUACGAUUCCCUAUUGGAUACCUACACUAUGAAUUACUCCGAAAUUACAAUUUCCCACCAGAAGUUAUAGCAGGAAUCGCAGGAGGGACAUUCUUUUUAGUACUUAUAUUUAUGAUCGUGUUAGUUAUGUAUAGACGCCGAAGUACAAAAGCAGAGCGAGAAUAUAAGAGAAUACAAAUUCAGAUGGAUACUUUAGAGAGCAAUGUAAGAUUGGAAUGUAAAUUGGCUUUUGCGGAAUUGCAAACUGAUAUGUCUGAUUUGGCAGCGGAUUUAGAGCAUUCAGGUAUACCAACACUGGAUCACGUGAACUACGUCAUGAAAGUAUUUUUCCCGGGAGUAUCGGAUCACCCUAUCUUAAAUGUCCAACGUCAAUUUAUCAACGCUCCCAGAACCAACUAUGAUGCAGCUAUGAUUCAAUUUGAGCAGCUAUUAAACAAUAAAUGUUUCCUGUUGUCAUUUAUAGACACAUUAGAGUCACAAAAAUCAUUUAACAUUCGAGACAAAGUAAAUGUCGCGUCCUUGCUUAUGAUAAUACUCAUGGGUAAAAUGGAAUAUGCAACCGAUAUUUUAAAAUCAUUAUUAUUACGCCUUAUCGAUAAGUCUAUAUGUAACAAACACCCACAGCUAAUGUUGAGACGAACUGAGAGUGUUGUUGAAAAGAUGUUGACAAAUUGGAUGGCUUUAUGCAUGUAUUAUUAUCUUAAAGAUUAUGCAGGUUCUUCUUUGUUUUUACUUUUUAAAGCUAUCAAACAUCAAAUAGAAAAAGGUGUUGUAGAUGCUAUCACUCACGAAGCCCGUUAUUCCUUAUCAGAAGAGAAACUUCUCAAAGAACAAAUAGACCAUCAAACCAUAACUCUGCAUAUAGUACAAGAUGAUUUUGAUGAAAAAGUUCAAUGUAAAGUAUUAGAUUGCGAUAGUAUAUCACAAGUAAAAGCUAAAAUAUUAGAUGCUCUUUUUAAAAAUACUCCGUUUUCUAUGAGGCCAUCCGUCCAUGAAGUUGAUUUAGAGUGGCGACACGGAAGAGGAGGACAUGUUACCCUACAAGACGAAGACGUUACUACAAAAACCAUCAAUGGCUGGCGUAAAUUAAAUACCCUGGCGCAUUACGGCGUCAAAGAAUCCGCUGUCAUGUCAUUGAUAUCUCGACAAAACGAUAGUUUUAAUACUCCUUAUAAAAUACCGUGCAAGAAUUGUACGGGAAUAUACUGUUCUAAUUCUCAUAUAAGAGUGUAUAACAGCGACAUAACUGACCAAAAUGUGCAUUAUUAUCACUUGGUGAAACCUAUUGAAUAUCAACAUAUAAUCAACAAGUCUUCAGAACACAGUCACAAAGCUAUACCGGAGAUAUUCCUCACCAGACUUUUGUCUACUAAAGGCACGGUACAUAAGUUUGUCGACGACUUCUUCAGCACCAUACUUACCGUAAACGAGGUGUUGCCGCCGGCCGUCAAGUGGCUGUUCGAUCUUUUUGACGAUGCGGCUCGGACACAUGGUAUCAUGAAUCCUGAAGUAGUCCAUGCGUGGAAGUCUAAUAGCUUACCGCUAAGAUUUUGGGUGAAUCUCAUUAAGAAUCCAGAUUUUAUAUUUGAUAUAAAUAAAACUGCUACAGUUGACUCAUCAUUAUCAGUUAUCGCUCAAACAUUUAUGGACGCUUGUUCGUUAACAGAACAUCGAUUAUGUAAAGAUUCUCCUUCCAAUAAACUGUUAUUUGCAAAAGACUUGCCUACUUAUAGGGACAUGGUUAUAAGGUUUUAUCAAGCUGUAUCUCAAUUACCUCAAGUGACAGACCAAGAGCUAAGUACUUCGAUGCAACAACUCUCGGUAGAACAGUUAAAUGAAUUCGAUACUCUGUCUGCCUUAAAAGAAUUGUAUAUCUAUGUCAGUAAAUAUAGAGAACAAAUUAUAUUAGGACUAGACAACAAAAUGCACUUAGCUCAUAAAUUAGAUAAUAUAGCAUGCACUAUGGAAGGGGAUCCAACGUCUAUAUGCUGACUAUAUGACACCUUCAGUCACAAUUUAAUUGCAUUUACGUAAUUUAUUUAUAUAAUACAUACUUUGUAAAAAGAAGCUUUAAUUUAUUCUGAAAAUACUCAGAUCUAAUAAAACUGAUAUGUAAAAAGACUGUAAAAUAUGUAUCAGUUCCAUAUUUCUAGUUAGAAAGUCUUACAAUAUUUUUUUUCAGUGGACAUGAUACAUACUUAAUAGCUAUGGACUUAUUUUUUUGUCAUAGUACCUACGUAAUAAGUAUUUAAGUAUUUUUUGUAAGUAUUAAGUGAAAUUAAUGUAACUAUUUAUAUUGGCAUCUAUUAUUAUGUGGGACUAUUUGAAAGUUUCAAUGUUACUCUAUUUAAAGUACAGAAACGAUUAGUCAUCUACUUUGGCAUAGAAUCAGUAUUGUGCAACGCGAAUCUGUGUAAGAUAAAAACACAUUUCAGUAUUUUAUUAUGGUAGAUUUUUUUCCACGCUUGUCUGAGUCACACACUGCCAUACAACAUAAUAAACAAUUUCGAAUGGUCCCAUAUUACUAAAUUUCGAAUAUUUGUAAUGCAUUUACUCUCCCAGUGGCCAUGCUAUUUUUAUAAUUUUAAUAUAAAAUGUAUAAUUGCUCUCUUUUAGAAGCGACAAAUAUGAUUUACUAAGAAUGAUAUAGAUCUGGCACUGAAAUUAUUUUUUAAUGUAAAUGUUCUUAUUUGUAUUUAUCUAAAAUUACUUAACUAUUGAUGUGUAUUACGCUAAGCUAAGAUCUAUGUGUAAAGAGAGAUAAGAAUUAGUUAAGGAAAAUGUUGUGAUAUUUGUAUUUGGAAUAUUGAUAGUGUUAAUUUAUCAAGUUAAACACAUACUCUUAUUUUCCUUUAUCUUAUUUAUUUGUGUACAAAAUUUAGGCAACAAUUAAAAAAAAAACAGUAUUGUGAUUGUGGACAAAGCUAUGAUCUUGUUAUAUUUAUAUUACAUUAUAUGUGCAGUGAAUCUCAAAUGAUCUUUCAUAGCUUCUCAUUGUUUACGAUUUCAUGAUCUCAUUGUGUUUUUGCUCAACUAUCUCUUUUAUAUAUUGUCAAUUUUAAUAUAAAGAAAACCCCACUUGAAUCUCUUACAUACGUUGAGUGUUUUGUAAAUUUGGCAGUGGAUGUCGUAAUAAUAUUCCAUUUACAAAAUAUGUUUAAAUUAGUAUUAGUUAGUUAUAACAUGCUAGGAUUUAAGGCAGCGUAAAUUCACCCGUCUUUGAAAUUUUAUAUUAUUGACUUAGAAAUAUACUUAUUUAUCAAUCCUUUUGUAAUGAAUAAUUUC